AUGGCCCGACUAAUGGAAUGCGGUGACAGCGCCGAACCUGAAGCGGAAGUGCUGAUGGAAUCAGCCGAACCAGAUGCACGAGCCCCACGAGCAUCAACACGGACCUGGGCCGUCUCUGCACUACUCCUCGUCGCUCUUGUUGCAGCAGGUCUCCUUUACAACGUCUCCGGGCACCCCUUCACCUUGAGGGGUGCUCCGGAGCAAGUCCUUGGCUUCAGCGGCGAUGGGAGCUUCACUUGUGGCCAAAUGAAAUGCACACCCGGCUCGAUCUGCUGUGGUGGAACCGAGUGCUGCUCUGCCGGCUCAGAAUGCUGCGGAGGGACCUGUCUUGCCGCUGGCGGAAUCUGCUGCCGCAAUCGCACAGACACACCUCUGCUCUGCACUCCUGGAACACAUUGCUGUGGCAAGGAGACAGACACGGCCCAAUGUUGUACAACUGGUUGUGCAGAUGGUCCUUUCGUGGCGUGCAAGCUUCAAACGUAG